AUGGGGUUCUGGAAGAGACUCAUCGAGAUCCUCGUCUUCUCCUCCGAGUUCAAGGGGCAAAGCAGAGUGACUUCUGAUCUGCCCUCCCUCGGACGUGUUGGCCCGCAAAGUGACAACUUCCCAAAACCCGACGGCUCAUGCAACACACCCGAGAAUCGACAGUGCUGGACCACUGGGAUCUCUAAAGCGGAAGGCUUCAAUAUUGAAACCGAUUACGAGAUAAAGACACCAGAGGGCGUCUUUUACUUGGAAGUCACGAACACGACAAUUGCCCCUGACGGAUACAAUGUUUCGCGUAUGCUGUUCAACGGAUCGUAUCCCGGACCAACUCUUGAGGGCAACUGGGGCGAUACUUUCAGAAUCACUGUCAAGAACAACCUCACCAACUUCAACGGCACAUCCAUUCACUGGCACGGCAUCAGGCAGUUGAACACCAACUGGAUGGACGGUGUUUCAGGAGUGACUGAAUGUCCCAUUCCGCCUGGUGAAAACUUCACAUACGAGUGGAGAGCCCAGCAGUAUGGCGUGUCUUGGUACCACAGUCACUUCAGUCUCCAAUAUGCCGAUGGACUGGUGGGAGCUCUAAAGAUCAAUGGGCCAACCAGUAUGAAUUACGAUGAGGAUCUUGGUCCCGUGUUGAUCACCGAUAACUUCCACAAGACCGCUUUUUCCCAGGUCCAGCUUGAAUACUUAGGUCGCCCACCCUCACCAGACAGCAUGUUGAUGAACGGCAAAGGCAAAUAUCACUGCUGCUCGACGUGUCCCGGAGCACAGGAGAACUGUGUCGGCGGGUCGCAACGAGAGUCUUUUAACUUCACAGAGGACAGGACGUACAAGAUGAGCCUCGUUAACACAGGAACAUCGACUCACACAACCUUCUGGAUUGACAACCAUAAUUUUACAGUCGUUGCAGCGGAUUUCGUCCCCAUCACCCCUUACCCUGCGUCAAUCAUCAACGUCGCCAUUGGGCAGCGCUACGACAUCAUCAUCAAGGCUAAUGCUACGAAAACCGAUACCAACGAGAAGGACUUUUGGAUCCACGCACGAGACUGCUCACUUGGUGGUGCUCCUUCGAAUCUCGGGAUCAUUCGAUACGACCAUACAUCCACAAAUAUCCCUCACACUCCUCCCGUUGAUGACAGACACGUAUGUUACGGCUGUCUGGACGAAAAGGCAGAGGACCUAAAACCUAUUGUCAAGAGAACUGUCGAGCAUCCUGCCAAUUCCGACUACAAAGAAAAAUCAUUCAAGGUGCAUUUGGUGGGCUACCCCAAUGCCGCAGACAAUACCUCCGCCAUGCACAAAUGGGUACUCAAGGACUCGUCGUUCUAUCUGGAUUGGACUGAGCCGAGUCUUAGUCUAGUCAAGGUUGCUUUCGAAAAGAAUUGGGACACGGCUCCAUUUCCGACAGGCUAUGAGCCUGUAUUUCUAGACGACUACAAACAUGGCGACUGGGUGUACUGGCUCAUUGAGGGCAAAUUUCAGGAAUCUGUGGACAACUCCACGCACAACAUCUACAAGAAACAAGCUCCGGUAGCUCACCCCAUGCACAUCCACGGGCACGACUUUGUCAUUCUGGCACAAAGUACCAAAGAAUUCAAUGGUACGGUUGAAAUUGACGAAAAGACAUUCGAUAAUCCGGCGAGGCGCGAUGUGGCCUUACUUCCAGUCGAUGGGUAUCUUCUCAUUGCGUUCCAGAUCAAUAACCCGGGAAUUUGGCUCAUGCACUGCCACAUCGCCUGGCACGCCAGCGGUGGACUCGCGCUCCAGUUCAUUGAAUCGCCCAAAGAGAUAGGGCCUGCAUUCGCAAAGUCUGGUGUUGCCUCGAAGUUUUCCGAGCAGUGUACCAACUGGGCGGCGCACUACACUCUGUACAACAAGAACUUCCACGCCGAGCAGGAUGACUCCGGUAUCUAA